AUGUUCUGUCUCCGAAGCUGGCUCCCACUCCUCUUCAUCCCGACCAAUGCCUCGCCCGCCUUCAUCUUCCUCUUCUUCAUCUGCACAUACUUCCUCAACCGGCCCUGCGUCUAUUGCAGCUUCCUUCUGUUAAUCCUCUUCCUGACCUCCUGUAACUGGUCAGACCGCUGCUUCUUCGACUUCAGCAGUAAUUGGUUCCAGCCUCGUCCGCCCACCUCCUCGCAGCUACCCGACCUCGAUCCGAACACCGGUUUCAAUGCCACCGUCGUAGAAAUGAUCAAUUCGACCGCCAGCGCGCUCGCCGGCGCUGCGGCCGAAGAGCUUGCGAGGCAGAGGCAGGAGUGGACAGGGCUGGGUAUCGAAUGGCUGCGCAGCCUCCUUGGGCGGAGAGAAUGGCGCGUCGAGUGCCUGGAUAUCAAUAUUCGACUAUAA